AUGGUGUACUAUUUCACGUCCAACACGACGUCGCCAUCCGCCUAUAUCUACAUGGGCAAAGACAAAGUCGAGAAUGAGGACUUGAUCAAACAUGGCUGGGACGAAGACAUCUGGUUCCACGUCGACAACUUGUCGUCCGCUCACGUCUACGUGCGCCUCCCCGAGGGCGAGGAUUGGGAGAAGAUGACGAAAGAGCUAUUAGUGGACUGUGCGCAAUUGACCAAGGCGAACAGUAUCGAGGGGAACAAGAAAGAUAACGUCACAAUUGUUUACACGCCUUGGGCCAAUUUGAAGAAGGAUGGGAGCAUGGCUGUUGGGCAGGUGGGGUUCAAGGAUCAGCGGAAGGUCAAGCGCAUACAUGUUGAGAAGAGGGAGAACCCGAUUGUUAAUCGGCUGAACAAGACGAAGACGGAGAAGUAUCCUGAUCUGAGGGAGGAGAAGGAGGCGAGGUUGAAGGAGCUGAGGAAGAGGGAUCAGGGCGAAUUACAGGCACGACGAAAGGAGGAAGCUCGCAUUGCCAAGGAGCGUAAAGAGCUUGCAUACCGCAGAGAUCAUGCGUACGACGACAUCAUGACUGAGGACAACCUUGCGGAGUCGAGCAACCAGGAUCGCGAUGAAGACUUCUUGGACGACUUUAUGUAA